CACUCCGGCCUCUUCCUCUCCUGAAUCUAUGAGCAGGAAAAAAUAUACCAACCUACGAAUUUUAGUGUGGAAAAACGUUAAAAAAGCGAGUUAAACUGAACGAUUCUUAGGAACUGUAACGAUUAUACAAAGUGAUAAGUCAUAUAUAUAUACCCGGUGGACUCAGAGGAACAGCUGCGUGUUCAUGGUGGCUUCUGGUGGGGUGAGUGUGAUGCACACACUAAGUGCCUCGAGUAUGAUGCGUGCCCAGACCUGCGUGCGGCGUCGAGUGCCCUGAACCCCAGUGAGAGUUGUAAGUGAGAAUGGGAGGGAUGUAAGUGUUCUCCCCCGUCAGCCUCGCCUCCAGCGACUACAGACAAGUCGUGGGACGGGUUAUGUCGCUGCCAGACUCCUCGUCCUGCCAUCACUGUCACAUUCACGCGCCUAUCCCCGCCCGGGAUCUGAAGCGCACCCAUCCGCUCAGGUCACACUUCGUCGACAAGAGCGAAGAUGCUGCCCAGCCCGGGAAGAACGAGCUGGCCAACAACAGCUUCAAGAAGAACGUUUCCUUCCUCUACAGGAAGAUAAACAGGAAGGGUAUUAGAAGCUUAGCCAAGGAGAGCCAGACAAAUGUCACCAUUCCCAUCCCUCCUCCCGUCCCCACGAGGGUUGUCGACGCCCGUCCCGCGGUGGUUGUCGACUCUGUGCCUCUGCCCGACACGCCGCCGCGGAGCUCGGCGCCCGUAGGGAGGAGAGUUCGGCGUCGGCGCCGCGGGAUGGCAGGACUGCAGGCAGUUUUGUUAGUCGGUGCAUACGCUCUGCUGUUGGUGCUGGCCGUGGUUAUCGGCGUCGUCCUCAGCCAGAACCCCCGUCGGGUGGCGGGUCGGCCGAGGUUUCCCGACUCACAGCUCGCUCCUCGACCCGUCUUCAGAGAUGCCGCUCCUGCCCCCGCCCCCGCCGUGAGGGCAGGUCGCCCUCGCUUCCCUCCCCCCAGCGGCGGCUCCCCCAGGAUUGGCGCCCCCCGCCAGGGUGGUGGUGUUCCCCUCCCUCCCCCACCACCCACCACCGCCCCCCCGGAGCCGGAGUUCGACUACGUGUACGUGGACGACUCCCCCCAAGACCUGAGACUGGCGCCCAGCCCCGUGCCCAGCCACUUCCCCACCAACGCCCCGUCACCUCAGUCAUUCAGACCUCAGCCGGCCCCAGCACCCCGCCCCCCCGUCGCCCAGCAGGAGGAGCCGAGGCGUCCCUCUAACCCAUCUCCUCGCAGGACCACCGUCCCCCUCGCCAGCCUCGACAGGGACUUCAGUCUGCAUGACGACCAAGCAAUUAGAGGACGCAAAGAACCCGAGGUGAAGAUCCUCCGAUCAUGGUCACACCAGAACGCCGACGGCACGUUCUCUUGGGGCUACAUCAACGACGACGGCUCCUACAAGAACGAGACCCGCGGUCUGGACUGCGUGGUGCGGGGCGUCUACGGCUACAUCGACAAGGCCACCGGGGAGCAACUCUCCUUCCCCUACGAGUCCGGCAACCCCUGCGACCCUGACGCACCAGACUAUUACUACGACUACGAGGCUGGUUCCCCGGCCACCGACGGGGCGCCCCCCCGCCCCGCCCCCAAGACUGCCAGCCUCCCCCCGCGGCGCCAGGGCUGAGCUCCUGGGCCAGGCUGCAGCAUCACCUUUGCCAUAAAUAAUAAACAGCAUUCACAAGCGCACUUCAAGUUAGCCUCAACAGCAUCAGUUCAUUAUCCUCACUCCAGCUGUUACGACAGCUUGGUGACCACAGCAUCAAUUAUCUCUCCUCCCUUGAGUCGUUACCUUACUCCUUGUAGUUACAACAUCAGUUCCCUCCAUCCUCCAGCUGUUACCAUACUCUUGGUGGUCACAUAUUCAGCCUGUGGCCAGUGAUGUCAGCUGUUUAAGACAAUCUAUAUUUAUCGAAUGUUACAAUUCUAAAUACAAAUUACAAAUAUG